AUGGAACAAGUCGGAGAGCAGCUCCCGGACUGCUCCGUCAGCGGAGUGAACAACAAGGUUGAGGUGCAGAACGCGAUGACGGUUUGCAACGGGGAAGACCUCAUUGCGACGGACGCGCCUUUCGUGAGUCCCCCGACUGCGGCGCCUCUGAUCACCACUGCUCCAAUAACGACGAUUGCUCCGUUCAAGACCAGCGCUCCACUGUUGUUGUUGGCCCCUCGGCCAGGUGGUUCGGCGAGUGGAUCGGCCGAGACAACGUCCACAUCCACGGCAGGGUCUUUUGGCUCGGGUCUGGGCUCGUCGCUAUCGUCUGGUAGCUCAGCGACCCUUUCACCAGCGGCUACAAGCUCCAGUACCAGCUGUACAACCGCGCAGGUUGCGAGUAUCGUGAAUCUGUACAAUGAGGCGGCCAAGAGUUCUUCGCGCGCGCCCGAUGCCACCGUCAGUUCGUACAGUGUGUACGUCUUCACCAAGUGCGAGUCGUCCUGCGCGUCCAAGCUCAAGAUCCUCGCAGCUGAUCUGCCCGAUUGCUACUACGACUACGAGUCUUCGAACAAGAAGGCCUCGCUGCUGCAGGAGAUCGACGACUGCACGGGGACGAGCCACACCAUCUACAUCAGGACGACCGUAUACCGCCAUGUGGUAUAG